AAACAGCUUUCUCUCCCCUCUCUCCCAUUACUCCGAUCUGACUCUCUCUCUCUCUCUCUCUCUCUACUCAACCUCCCAUUGGCCGAGCUUGUUUGAUUAUCAGAAACCCUAAUUCCUCUAAACUUCGAAGCGCUCAAAGCCAGAGCAAAGUCAAAUCUCGCAAACUGUUGCGGAUGGUGAGAAGAUGCUGCUAAAACAGUCAUGAUUAAAAUGAUGGUGAUGAACGGACGAAACGACGUCGUAGACGAAGAUAACGACGAUUGUUUCUACGAGUCUCUCGAUCGCGUUCUCUCUUCCUGCUCUUGCUCAACUUCCAACUCAGACUACGACUCCGACAGCCCCAACAUCUCCGAUCCGAUCCACGAUCCGACUCCGUUUCCACUCCCCUCCGGCUUCGAGCUGUGGAAAUCGGAGCCGGAAUCUGUUACCGAGAGACGAAUCAGACUCUUACGCGGUUUGGGACUCAGCGACGAGCCGGAUCUCCCUCCGGCGAGCCAUCACCGGCCUAAGAGCCGUAGAAAAGGAAUGUGCAGCUCUCAUUUCGCCAGAUCGGUUUCAUCAGACGUCUCGAUCUCAAAGCAUCGCGGCCAAUGCGAGAAUGUCGAUUCUGGUAAGCUUCGACAGUACACCGGAUCUGUAAAUAAGCUCAGUGAUCAUCAUAAGUCGCGUAACGAUGCGCUUGUUGGUUUCAUAAGCAAAGAACUGAUAGAAACAGACAUUGUAGAGAAGCAGAGCUUGAAUGGCAGAGAUGUUGUUCUGGAGGAGCAAAUGUGCACCAUUAGGAAUCUUGAUAACGGCAAAGAGUUUGUGGUGAAUGAAGUCAGAGAAAACGGAGUGUUGGAGAAGUUGAAGGAGGUAGGCACUGAUCGUCAACUGACUCUGGAGGAGUUUGAGAUGUGUGUUGGGACCUCUCCCAUCGUUCUCGAGCUGAUGAGGAGGCAGAAUGUUGAAGAUGUUAGUAAAGACUCUGUGGAUUUGAGUACUAGUGUAAGUGGAAGCAGAGUAACUAAGCAUAGACGGAGAGGGAGCUGGCUAAAGAGUAUCAAGAACGUUGCUAGUAGUGUGGCAGGGUACAAAGAGAGACGAAGCACCGAUGAUAGAGAUUCACUGUCUGAGCGAGGAGGUCAGAGGUUUAGCUCUGCAACUGAUGAUAGCAGAGACAUGUCCUUUCACGACCCUGAGAGAGUUAAGGUUAGGCAGUAUGGAAAGUCAUGUAAAGAACUCACUGCACUUUUCAAGAGCCAAGAGAUUCAAGCUCAUAAAGGGUCGAUUUGGAGCAUUAAGUUCAGUUUGGACGGGAGGUAUCUUGCUACUGCUGGAGAGGAUUGUGUUAUUCAGAUUUGGAAAGUUGUUGAAUCGGAAAGAAAGGGGGAGCUUUUGUCGAUGGAUAAACUGCAAGACGAUGUAAGCAUAAAUUUGUUCCUUUUGGCCAAUGGAUCUCCAGAACCCGCUUCAAUGUCUCCAAUGAGAAGAGGAAGAACAUCUUUUAGCAGAAAAUCAGUGAGCUUGGACAAUGUUUUGGUUCCGGAAACAGUCUUUGGUCUUUCAGAGAAACCUGUGUGUACGUUUGUAGGGCAUUUGGAUGAUGUACUUGAUCUUUCGUGGUCAAAAUCUCUGAACCUGCUUUCCUCUUCUAUGGACAAGACUGUUCGUCUAUGGGAUUUAUCUAGCAAGUCAUGUUUGAAAGUCUUCUCGCAUAGUGACUACGUGACAUGCAUCCAGUUUAAUCCCGUGGAUGACAAUUACUUCAUCAGUGGCUCGUUAGAUGCAAAAGUUCGCAUAUGGAGCAUUCCAGAUCAUCAAGUUGUUGACUGGAAUGAUCUUCAUGAGAUGGUCACAGCUGCCUGCUAUACACCGGAUGGUCAGGGUGCAUUGGUUGGUUCAUACAAGGGGACUUGUUACUUAUACAAUACACAAGAUAACAAAUUGCAGCAGAGAAAGGAAAUCAAUCUGAAGAACAGGAAAAAGAAAGCCAAUCACAAGAAAAUCACUGGUUUUCAGUUUGUGGCGGGAAGUUCAUCGGAAGUACUUGUCACAUCUGCAGAUUCACGUACACGUGUUGUUGACGGUGUUGACCUUGUUCACAAGUUUAAAGGAUUUCGCAACACAAACAGCCAAAUCUCAGCCUCACUUACAUCAAACGGGAAGUUUCUAGUCUCAGCAAGCGAAGACUCUAAUGUAUAUGUAUGGAACUACGACUCAGACUCUCGUGCCGGAAGAAGCAAACGUGUCACAGUCACAAACUCGUACGAACACUUUUACUGUCGAGACGUCUCUGUGGCCGUACCUUGGCCUGGCAAAAUCAGUAACAACAACAACAGCCCUGACGAGUCACCUAUCACAGCCAAUAACCCUCCAACACCUGUCAACGAUCCAAUCAACAACAAGACCGUCACCAACGGUAUCAUUUCGAGCGCCACAAACCGAUACUUCUUCGAUAGAAUCUCGGCGACAUGGCCAGAGGAAAAACUUUUGCUGGCUGCAAAGAACCGAGCUAGAACUAGCCCUCGCGUGAGCGUGGACAUGUCUAAUGGACCGCUUAACAGAAAACCGAGUGCUUCGGCUUGGUCUAUGGUGAUUGUGACUGGCGGUUUACGAGGCGAGAUCAAAACAUUUCAGAAUUUUGGAUUACCGGUUCGUCUAUGAAGGCAAGGAAAAAGUUUUUCAUAACAGCAAGCCUAAGGCAAAGUGAAAAAAUAUUACUUAGUAAAAACACCUUCUCUAGUCAAUAGUGUAUAGAUUGAGAGAAGGUUGGUUCUUCCAAUAACUCUCUUUUCUCACCAUCCUUAUUAUUUUUUUCACAUUUGUUCUCUAAAAUUCAUCUCUAGCAAGCCAUAUAUAUAUAUGUAUAUAAUUAUUUUAAAAGAAAAUUCAUAUACCGCAGUGUUUGAGUUGUAUGUAUAUGACUCAGGAAUAGAAAUGGGCGUAUGGCAAUUCACACUUUGUAUUAUCUAUACAUGUAAAUAAUUUUGAGUAAAAGUAUUUGUUUUUCAGUUCAUCAUUUCAA